GCACUAGUUGAUGGCCCCUGCAGCGGUGUCAGGAGGCAGGCUAUGCCCUUCAAGUGCAUGCAGUUGACUGACUUUGUUCUUAAAUUCCCUCACAGUGCUCGUCAGAAGUGUGUGCGACUUGCCUGGGAGAAGGAGAACAUAAAUGAAAAGUGGUCAGCAACAAGAUGGGCAAAGAAGAUUGAAGCCCGAGAAAAGAAAGCCAAAAUGACUGACUUCGAUCGCUACAAGGUUAUGAAAGCGAAGAAAAUGAGAAACAGAAUCAUCAAGCAUGAAAUGAAGAAGCUCCAGAAGUUGGCUUCUAAAAAAGGCAAGAAGACACCAGAGAAGCCAGAGAAGGGAAAGAAGAAGGCAGGGAAAGCAAAGAAGCCUGAGAAGCCAGAGAAGGCACCCAAGGCACCCAAGGCGCAGAAGCCAGAGAAGGCACCCAAGGCACAGAAAUAAAAUGAACUUCUCAUUAUGUAUAAUUCUGUGUCCUUGUUCAAUUCUAAAAUUGCAAACACCUGAUAUAAAUCUUAA